AUCUUCAAGCCUCUGCGUCUCCACAUCACAGACGGGUUUAUUCAUUCAGGUUUCGAGAGAAAACGAACCCUACACAACCAACAAUGGCCGCCGCAGCUUCUCUUGCAAACCCAACCACAUUUUCCUCCUCCUUAAGCCGCAGUCGCCAUCACCAGCCUUUUGCUUCUCUCGCCACCUCGAAUGUCUUCAAUGCCACGAAACAACGCUCAUUUAAACCCCUAAUUUCCCAAUCUAUCGUUUCUUCCACCUCACCGGUGACCCGUCGUACAUCCGUUGUUGCUGCAGCAACGGCCAAUUCUUCUUCAUCGGCUUCCAGCACCUCAUUUCACGGACUGUGCUAUGUCGUCGGAGACAACAUCGACACCGACCAAAUCAUUCCCGCUGAGUACCUAACGUUAGUCCCAUCGAAACCUGAGGAAUACAAGAAGCUCGGUUCCUACGCUCUAAUCGGACUCCCUGCUUCGUACGAGACUCGAUUCGUCGAGCCUGAGGAAUUCCAGUCCAAAUACAAAAUAAUCAUUGCCGGAGACAACUUUGGAUGCGGUUCGUCACGUGAACACGCUCCGGUGGCGUUGGGAGCAGCGGGAGUAACGGCGGUGGUGGCGGAAUCGUACGCGAGGAUCUUCUUUAGGAACUCGGUUGCUACAGGAGAGGUUUACCCAUUGGAAUCAGAAGCUAGGGUUUGCGAAGAGUGCAAAACUGGAGAUGUGGUGACAAUUGAGCUUGAGCAAAGCCUUCUGAUCAAUCAUACGUCUGGAAAAGAGUACAAAUUGAAGCCAAUUGGUGAUGCUGGACCUGUGAUCGAAGCUGGUGGGAUCUUCGCUUAUGCUCGAAAAGCUGGAAUGAUCCCUGCUUAAUAAUAACUGGAGUUGUUUGCAGGUGACUUAUUGGGCAUGUAGACAAGUACAAGAAUAAUGUUGAAGAAAGUGUGGUGGGAUUAUUGCUUUUGUAUUUUUCAUUCAGGUAAUAAGAAUGCUUAAUAUAUGAGUUUUGUGUAUUAAUAUUUAGAACAAGGGAUGUACUUACAAAAGAACAAUUGUGAAACUAUGAGGCCUGUUGUUUGUUACCCUCUCUAUCUACUAAUUUUCUCCU